AACUUGCUGAACGGACAACUACAAAGAGGACCGUCGGCGAGGAACAGACGAGGGGAAAGUUUACGUUUUAACACGUUCUGGGGCUAGCAUAAGGGUUUCAACAUGGCUUUCCUUUACAAUUAAUUCGGUCAUACUUCAAUUGCAGUAGCCUACAAAGCAAUUAAUACGCGUCUGGUUAACAUCACGUAAAGACCUGAUUGACUGGGAAACUUGGUGUUGGUUGCAUGGUAAGCUGGACUUGAUGCAUGGCAGUUGCAUGACCCCAAUAAGUCUUUGUUGUGGGACAAACAGAACACAGCUGCAGCCAUGGCCCAGACCAUGCACGUGAAUGGCAAUGGCCCAGAAAGAGGGCAGGGUUGCCCAAGCGCAGAGGAGGAGAAGGCGUCCGUCGCCCCCUACUAUGUUGAAACCCCGUACGGGUAUCAGCUGGACCUGGACUUCCUCAAGUAUGUGGACGACAUCGAGAGGGGAAACACCAUCAAGAAGCUGAGCAUUCACCGGAAGCCCAAAGUGGCCAAGCCCGCCGCCGUGCCCCGGGGCGGCUCCGUCGGGGGCAGCACUCACGCCGAGUGGACCUCCACGGACUCCCUGUCCUCCUCCAACAGUGACGACAACAAGCAGUCCCCCGUGUUCUUCACCUCCAGGCUCCAGGUCGCCCCCCCGCUGACCCCGACCCUGGGCCGACGGGCCGGCCCCCACGAGCCGCCGCCGCCGCCACCUUCCCAACAUUCUUGUUCCAUCGCCUCCGAGUCCAGGCCGCUGCUGCCCCCGCCUUCCCCGAGGGUCGCCCCCCGCCACAACCCCCAGGUGGAGAAGACCCUGAUGGAGACCCGCUGGAGGCUGGAGCAGGAGCGCCUGCUCAUGCAGCACCACACCGAGCCCGCCGCCCCCCGCCGCCGCCUCGCCAGUUUCGGGGGCACGGGCUCCAACAGCUCCUUGUCGUCCUUCACCGGUUCGCUGGCCCAGAGUCAGAUCUCCCCUAGCGGCCACCAGCCUCUGGCGCUCAACGGCCACCUGCACAACGGGGAGUACAACCCCUACUACCCGCCCUCGGUGGGGAGCUCCAUCCGCCACAGUCCCAUGAGCUCGGGCAUGACGACCCCCGUGACCAACGUCAGCCCCAUGCAUCUGCAGCACAUCCGGGAGCAGAUGAUGGUGGCCCUGAAGAAGCUCAAAGAGCUGGAGGAGCAGGUGAAGACCAUCCCCAUCUUGCAGGUCAAGAUAGCGGUCCUGCAGGAGGAGAAGAGGCAACUGACGGCCCAGUCCAAGAGCACGGCCCCGGCGGGCUUCCGCAAGCGCUCCUACAGCGUGGGCUGUGCCGAGCAGCUGGAGAGCCAGGGGAGCCCCGUGCAGCGGGACGCCGAGUUGCACAUCACGGAGCCGGAGGCAAAGGAGCAGAAUCUCCAGCAGCUGGAGGAGUUCCGACGCCUGGCCGCCGAAGUCCAGUCGCUGGAGAGGAAGACCCAGGACAACACCGGGGCCGACGUUCGGAGAGACCAGUCGGCCGCCGCGCAGAACCGGACUCCCCAGCAAUCGGUCGGGCUCGCCAUCGACGAAAACAUGAACAACCUCAGCGUCGCCCAAAGUAAACCGUUAAAACGCAGUUAUCGGGAUACGGGCGUGGUGACGGAGCGGCGGGACACCCGCAGCGCCGGGGUGGGUGUGACGGAGGUCAUGCUGGGCGUGACCAGUGAGGCGGAGAAGGAGCUGGAGCUCCAGCAGCAGGCCAUCGAGGCCCUCAAGGAGCAGGUGUACCGCCUCGAGGUUCAGCUGAAGGAGACCACCCACCAGAUGGAGAUGAGCAAACUCAAGCUGGAGCUGCAGGCAGCGGGGGGACCCAGCAAGAAGAAGGUCGACAAAGGUUGCACGGCGAGGCCGGAGAUGUACAGUGCCAGCGUGGAGGCAAAGGUGCAGACACAGAGUCAGGGAGUGGGGAAUCACCUGGAGACCGCCAAUGCUGGGACCUCCAAGAGCCUCCAAGAGACCCGGACGGUGGGGGUUUCCUGCACGCCCAGCGUGCAGAGCGUCGCCACGGGGCCCGAGGUGCCCAUGGAGAGGUGGCUGGUGCGAGAGCGGGUGGAGGUGAAGGAUCAGUGUGUCGGGAGACGGGUAGAUACGCACAACCAGAGCGAGGGCGUAGAGGUGGAGGUCUGCGAGGCCGGAGUCAACACAGAGGAAACGAUGGACACCUUGGUUGCAAGUAAAACGUCGACAAAGGAGUCGAGGUCAAUUGGCUGUGGUGAUUGCUCUGUAGACGUGAACGUGAGUCCGGUCAAAACGCUGGUGACUCGAGGAACCAACCCCGACUUUGUGAGCACGUUGGACCACGGCGUCAUGGUCAUUCCCGAGUCCACGUCUCGACAAACCAGUACCGACCUGGAAGUGUCCAGCAAGGCCACCAACACGAAAACGUCAGUCAUGGCUGAUUCCUUCACAAGCACGACGCUUGUGACCUGUGACAAACGCACCAGCACGGUGAUCACCGAAACGAGGACGGUCGGCGCGGGGGAGGGCCUCGUACGAGAUCUCCAGACCGCCGCAAAGAAGCGAUCGGUCGCCGUGGGAACCUCCACCGAGGCGGACACACUGGGCCAGUCGCGCUCCGUCAAAACCAAAGACUGCGGGGUGGGGACGGCGAGCAUCCACCACAACUUCCUUGUCGGGUCGAUCACCCGGACUAUAGCGUGCGGACCGUCGCAGCCCCCGGAAGGCGUGGAGGGCGGCCAUAAGGAGGCUGUGGAGGCCAAGGUUCAGGCGGUGUCGACGGAUGCGCCAUCCCAGGGGGGUGUCGGGCUGGACCACUACAUCGAGAGGGUCCAGAAGCUGUUGCAAGAGCAGCAGAUGCUGCUGGCGGAGAACUACAGUGAGCUGGCCGACGCCUUCGGCCAGCCCCAGAGCCAGUUUGGGUCCAUCAACAGCGAGCUGGUCAACACGCUGUCCUCCAUCAACUCGGUCAUGAAGUACGGCAGCGUGGAGGACAUUCUGGCGCUGCAGACUGACCCGGAGGCUGCGCGCAAAGAAGUAAGUGUGCAGGAGGUCUCCCAGCCACAGCCCCGGGUCAAAGACCUCUCGGCGGCCGACCUGAACGCCGCGUCCCUGGCCGCCGCGUCCCUGACCGCCGCGUCCCUGGCCGCGGCAGAGAAGCCCGGCAGCCCGCGCACACAGCCCAGCCCGUCCGAGCUCAAGAGCCGCAUGGACCAACAGAUGUCCUCAGCGCUGCACGGGGAGCCAUGUCAUCAGAGCACCCUGAAAUCCAUCAUGAAAAAGAAAGAUGGCCGCCCUGGCUCCAAUGGAACCAAGAAGAACCUGCAGUUUGUUGGAGUCAAUGGAGGGUAUGAAUCUACGUCAAGUGACGACUCGAGCUCAGAGGACAGCAGCUCUUCGGGGUCAGACGAGGACGACGAGGACGACGAGGAGAAGGAGAAGGAGGAGCAGGAGGUGAACGGUGCAAAGGAGGAACAUGGGAAAGUAGAGGAAGAGACAACCGGGGAGGAGUAUCAUAACGAGGGAGCAGUGGAUGUGCAGAUGAAGACGGAGGAGGAGGAGGAGGAGGAGGAAGGUCAAGAGAAGAGCGAGACAAGAGAGAGCAGGAGUGAGCUAAGUGAGAAGAUGGUGGCGGCCUGCCACGUCCUGAAGGCCCACCUCAGCGACCCCAAGGCGGUGAGCAGUAAAGACCUGAGGGCGAGCCUGAACACGGUGCAGCAUGAGUGGUUCCGCGUGUCCAGCCAGAAGGCGGCGCUGUCGGGCACGGUGGAGGACUACCUGGACGGCUUCGCCGGCGUGUCGCCCGGCGUGCUGCGGCACGUGGUCAACAUGGCCGACGGCAACGGCAACACGGCGCUGCACUACAGCGUCUCGCACUCCAACUUCCAGGUGGUGCGGAAGCUUCUGGACGCAGACGUGUGCAACGUGAACCAGCAGAACAAGGCGGGCUACACGCCCAUCAUGCUGGCGGCGCUGGCGGCGGUGGAGUGCCCCGAGGACAUGCGCAUCGUGGAGGAGCUGUUCGGCCAGGGGGACGUCAACGCGCGCGCCAGCCAGGCGGGUCAGACGGGGCUGAUGCUGGCGGUCAGCCAUGGCAGGAUGGACAUGGUGCGGGCCCUGUUGGUGCAGGGGGCGGACGUCAACGUCCAGGACGACGAGGGCUCCACCGCCCUGAUGUGCGCCAGUGAGCACGGCCACGUGGAGAUCGUCAAGCUGCUGCUGGGCCAGCCCGGCUGCGACGCCACCCUCAGCGACAGCGACGAGAGUAACGCCCUCUCCAUAGCGCUGGAGGCCGGACACAAGGACAUCGCCGUGCUGCUGUAUGCACACGUCAACUUCUCCAAAGCUCAGUCCCCGGGUACGCCUCGCCUGGGCAGAAAGACGUCGCCCAGUCCCACGAGAAGAAGCAUGUUUGAUUAGAGGUCCCGCCUCUUCCCACAAACCCUGUGCUGCUAUUGGUUCUCAUCCACAGACGUCUUACCCCUACCUGGAUAAGACUUCUAACCCCUAGACACCCACAAACCAAGCUUUUGUCUUUUAUUUACUCUAAAUCGUUUAGAUCGUUGCGUAUACUCAUAUAUGCCUCCGACAUCUCCAAAGUGUCCUUUUAUUUUUUUUAUGUAAAAAACGAAUGUAACAAGCUUAUAGAAGGCUGUGGUCAUGCAGCGGUUCAGACGGACAAUAGUACAGACCAACACUCGAGGCAAUAUUUAGUGCGAGUCGGCGAAGAGUUACGACGGCGAUAACGUGAAGGAGCACACGUCGUAAAUCGGCAUCACCUUCGCAGUCAUCGUAAAUGUGAGCCAAGCUUUGACACGACGAAACGGCAUUCAGCGUGUCCGACCACCGCCCCCGUGUGCUUGCCCGUGUAUGGUGCCGGUCCCGUGUGUGUGUGUGUGUGUGCAGCACUCUCCCCUCAACACCCCCGUAUGUAUCCCGUCGGCCCCUGAGUGCACCAAGCUUUCGUACACAGACAUGGAGCGUGGCGUCCCCUUUAUUAGAUGUAACUAUCGGAAGAAAUUAUACUUUUAUACAAAUCCUUUGUAUCUAUUUAAGAAUAAAAUCACAGUAUUUUUGCGAGUAUUUCUUAUGAUGUAACAUGACAUGAAGUUAUAUAUUUAUCAAGGUAUAUAGUUUUAAUGCAGAUAUAUGUAUUAUUCCAUUGUGUAUAUACUUUGUUCAUUAGAGAUUCUAAUUUUCUUUUUUGUCUUUUUUUUUGUCCAGCCUUCUUUCCUUAUAUCGUCUAAUGUAUAGUGUAAGCUGUUCACUUUGUUAGUGUUAAACCAGGUACUGAUUUCCAUCUUUAUUUGAGAUUUAAAGUGCCUGAGAUUUUUCCAUAUAACAAUAAACGUCAAUUAAAUGCAA